GUGUCCAGCCACAUACAGGUUCUAGCUCGGAAGAAGGUGCGGGAGUACCAGGUUGGCAUCAAGGUCUCUAGCCACUUGCAGGUUCUUGCCCGGCGGAAAUCUCGUGAGAUUCAGUCCAAGCUGAAGCAAUCCGGGGGGAACAGCCAGGGCAGAGAUCCCCCUAAGCCGAUACGCUCGGGAUGCCAAACAUCCCAGCCAUACUGGGAGGCGAAUCCCAGCGCCAGCAGCCCUGAGCCCUCACCGCCCGUCUGGCAGGCCCGCACCAUCGCCUCUGCCAAGCUCCGGCUCCUCGAGUACUCAGCCUUCAUGGAGGUGCCGCGGGACGCCGAAACGUACAGCAAACACCUCUUCGUGCACAUCGGCCAGACGAACCCCUCGUACAGCGACCCGCUGCUGGAGGCCGUCGAUAUCCGCCAGAUCUAUGACAAGUUCCCCGAGAAGAAAGGCGGCCUCAAGGAGCUCUACGAGCGUGGGCCCCAGAACUCCUUCUUCCUCGUCAAAUUUUGGGCGGAUCUGAACAGCACGAUCCAGGACGGGCCGGGGACUUUCUACGGUGUCAGCAGCCAGUACAGCAGUGCGGAGAACAUGACCAUCACGGUCUCCACCAAGGUGUGCUCCUUUGGGAAGCAGGUCGUGGAGAAGGUGGAGGUUGUUACCAACAGGGAUACCCAGGAAACUUUGCUCUGCAUAGCCUUCGUUUUCGAGGUCUCGACCAGCGAGCACGGCGCCCAGCACCACGUCUACAAGUUGGUCAAGGACUAG